CGCUUCCUCGCUCCCCUCCCCCAACCGGGCGCCCUUCCCCUCUCCUGCUCCCCCGGCGUCUUUUCCUCUCCCCUCCCCGCGAAGUUUCGGGGCUGUCAGUCAGUCAGUCUUUCGGGCCGUCCGCACCCCAGCUGCGGGCUGCGGGCGCCAUUGCGAGCAGAGCCGCCCGGGACCGGAGGCAGGGACGCCGGGGUCCCGUCAGCAGUGGGGAGACCCGGCCGUCCGUCCGCCAGGUACGGGCCCCGGAGGCGCCCGGCGGCCCGCAGCUCCGCCCGCUCCCCCCGUCACCCCGGCACCUAGUCUAGGCCCGCCCCGCGCAGGGCGUGUGGCCCGCCGGUCCCCAGGAGGAGCUACCUGGGGUUGCCAUGAGAGAAACCUUGGAGGCCCUCAGCUCCCUGGGCUUCUCUGUGGCACAGCGGGAGUUGGCCCCCCAAAGUGAGCCUGGGGACGGGUCCCAUGAUGCCCAGGAGCAGAUGUGCCCUCCCAGGCAAGAGAGAGCGCUGGGCUCCUGUUCCGGGGUUUGCCGUGGAACUGCCAUCCGUCUGGUGCUUUGGGCGGUCCCCAGCCCUCCUCCAAGGAGCCCCAUGGCACCAGGCCCCCGCACUGGAGGAAGGCGCCCACACGGAGCAGGCCGAGGCCCCCUGCAGAGGAAGCCAGGACCGCCCACCAGCAAAGGCUGAGCCUGUGGGCGUCUGCCCAGGAGACGAGUGGAUGAUCCGGAAGGUGAAGGUGGAGGAAGAGGAUCAGGAGGCGGAAGAGGAGGUCGAGUGGCCGCAGCAUCUGUCUUUACUCCCCGGCCCCUUUCCUGCACCUGAGCUGGGGCCUCUGGCCGCGGCGUAUAAGCUGGAACCCGGAGCCCCGGGGACACUGGGUGGGCUCGCGCUGGCCGGGUGGACUCAGGCCGCAGAGAAGCCCUACGGCUGCGGGGAGUGCGAGCGGCGGUUCCGGGACCAGCUGACCUUGCGGCUGCAUCAGAGGCUGCACCGCGGCGAGGGGCCCUGCGCGUGUCCGGACUGCGGCCGCAGCUUCUCGCAGCGCGCGCACAUGCUGCUGCACCAGCGCAGCCACCGCGGCGAGCGGCCGUUCCCUUGCUCCGAGUGUGACAAGCGCUUCAGCAAGAAGGCCCACUUAACCCGCCACCUGCGCACGCACACGGGCGAGCGGCCCUACCCGUGCGCCGAGUGCGGCAAGCGCUUCAGCCAGAAGAUACACCUGGGCUCGCACCAGAAGACGCACACCGGCGAGCGGCCCUUUCCCUGCACCGAGUGCGAGAAGCGCUUUCGCAAAAAGACACACCUGAUCCGCCACCAGCGCAUCCACACGGGCGAGAGGCCCUACCAGUGCGCGCAGUGCGCACGGAGCUUCACGCACAAGCAGCACUUGGUGCGGCACCAAAGGGUGCAUGAGGCGGCCUGCCGCGCCCCGCUGUCUCCGGACGCGCCUGCCUCUCCGGGUUCUCCUGCUCCGUCCCCGACCCCGUCCCCUCCCGGACCUAAGCCUUUCGCCUGUUCCGACUGCGGCCUGGGCUUCGGCUGGAAGAAGAACCUCGCCACGCACCAGCGUCUGCACCGCAGCGAGGAGGGCCCCUUUGGUUGCGAUGAGUGCACGCUGGGCGCCGCCGCGGACACGGCAGCCGCCGAGCCCCUGGCCUGCGCGCACCGAAGCACAGCCGCGCCCCAGGACGCUCCCGCCAGCGAGCGGUCCUACGCCUGCCCGGACUGCGGGCGCGGCUUCGCCCACGGGCAGCACCUGGCGCGACAUCGGCGGGUGCACACUGGCGAACGGCCCUUCGCCUGCGCGCAGUGUGGCCGUCGCUUCGGCUCGCGGCCCAAUCUGGUCGCCCAUUCGAGAGCCCACAGCGGCGCCAGACCUUUCGCCUGCGCGCAGUGCGGCCGCCGCUUCAGCCGGAAGUCUCACCUGGGCCGCCACCAGACGGUGCACACGGGCAGUCGGCCUCACGCUUGUGCCAUCUGCGCCCGCAGCUUCAGCUCCAAGACCAACCUGGCCCGCCAUCAGGCCAUCCACACGGGCUCUCGCCCCUUCUCCUGCCCGCAGUGCGGCAAGAGCUUUAGCCGCAAGACGCACCUGGUGCGGCACCAGCGCGUCCACGGCGAAGCUACCCGCCUGGCCUGUGACGCUGACCUCCCCGCCCCAGCCUGGAGCGCCCCGACGGAGGUGGCAGCCCCCCCACUCUUCUUCUGAGUCCCUUUCUCCGCAGGCCCUUCCUCUGCCUUCUGUCGCUCCCCGGCUGGGGAGACCCAGGUCCAAGACCCUGCAGGGCGCUGUUGUUCCCUCUCCAUCUGGCCAGGAAGAGGUCUGGGAAGGAUACCAGCUUUGACGUUCCGUGACAAAGGCCGUGCUGAGCGCACCCUUGCUGGGACGGGUGGGGCCUGAGUCUUUGGGGGAGGCUCCUACCAAGAAAACCCCACUGGAAAGCGAAUGUUUCCUGGGCCCUCCCUGAGCGUGGAAGUUAGGAACCUCUGCGGGGGGAGGGGGGGAGUGGUCAUCUGUGUACGUACCGUGUCAUUGAAAUAAACACC